UGGACCACAUGUUAGGUAGAUUUAACUCAGUAUAGUGUUUUUAUUUUGAAUAUUCUAUUAAAAUUAACAAUUUUUGGGUGGAAUAUUAUCCGUGAUAUUCCCGUUGCCAGGUCAAUGUACCCAACGUACUCAGCAGCUUUUCUUAUUGCACCUAGUCUGAAAUCACGAAAAUCGUACUUUGACCUGGCAAGGGCACGUCACUGAUAAAAUUGCACCCUGUUUAUGCAGCCCAUCUGUCUGCUAUGGCGGGAUAUAAUGUCCCGCAAGACGCGGAGUCCUACCCUCUAUCGGAGUCUCAGCUGCAGUUCUACCGAGACAACGGCUACCUCGUACUGAGGGGACUCAUCGACGCGCCCACCCUGGCGCACUGCAAAGAGCGUUUCAUCGACAUAUGUUCAGGCCGCGUGGACCCCGGCAUGAUCACCGUCAUGAAGGAGUUCUCGCUCAAAGACUCCGGCAAGACGGGGGAGGAACUCAUUUAUAAGAUCCAAGACGUCCUCUACGACCCGGUCCUCUACUCCUACUCGUCGCACCCUCGCCUAGUCUCCGCCGUGUCCAGCCUGCUCGGAGACAACCUGACCGCCAUGAACAGCAUGCUCAUCAACAAGCCGCCGCGGACCGCGUGCCACCCGCCGCACCAGGACCAGUACUACCUGCCCAUCCGGCCCUCAGACAAGAUCCUGGGCUCGUGGACGGCAAUAGACCGCGUGGACCGAGAGAACGGCUGUCUGUACCUGGUACCAAGGUCGCAUAGAGCCGGGGAGCUGUAUGAACAUGGGUAUCCGCCUAAUGCGAAAGGCUCAACAAACCUGCUAUUCCACGGCAUCCAUCGCGACGUGGCGCCUCUUCACAGCCGCCUCUACCUGACUAUGGAGCCUGGAGACACUGUGUUGUUCCAUUCACUGCUGGUGCACGGGUCAGAACCUAAUGUGUCACAGCGCUACCGCAAAGCCCUAUCCACCCACUUCGCGUCAAGCGAGUGUCGCUUCGUGGACACGCGGGGGACGCCGCAGCAAGUACUCACUGAUGAGGUGGAGGAACUGUUCCGGAAGCGAGGCGUCGACUUCAAGUAUACUGAAUUAUUUCAACACAAAUGCAGGCAAAUAAAGGGAGUUAAAUGUAAUCUAUAAAAAUAACACUGAAGAAGUAAGUUUGUGAUUUUCAAAAGUAGGUAAGUACUUU